AUGCAGCCCCAACUGCUUCCCACAGAGCAGGGGGAGCAUGCGGAAGACACUUCCCUUAGGGCCUCCGCCCAGGAGACCGCCGCCCGAAACACCGUCGUUGAGCCGCAUGGACCUAGUGACUCAUCGCGCAUGCCGGCCGAGUCUUCUGGGCGCUCGGUAGGCGUGUCGGGACUCGGCGAAUCCUGGCGAGAGUCACGGGCGCCAGAGUCUUCGCGUCCGCUGUCGACUUCACAAAGGCUUGAAGGAGAGACGCAAAAUGCGCCGCUGAGUCCCGUGUCCCUGUACAGUCCAACGACGAAGCCGUUCCUCGUCUCAGGGACGGUGGCGCCGGAAGCCGAGAGGGCCGGUGAAACGGACAACGAGGCACUCUUUCAGGCCGAGCCGCAAAACGGUCCUGGAGAGGUACCUUUCCCCGACGUUCCUUCGUCUUUUCGUAGAGACACCGAGAACCAGCGGGUUCCGUACUUUGCCCGCCGGCUCUCUACAGUGGUCUCAGAACGCACGCCGCUGGCGGCUCUGGUCGCCAGAGAGGGAGGAAGUCCAGUACGGCUCCCAGGGCCGCCGCACAUUCCGGGGACUCAGAGGACAGCACCCGCAGAGGCGUCGCCGCUCCGUCGGAGUGUGCUUCCUGGGAAAGCCGAAGGGCGUGCCGCGCCCAGCGCUAGUGCAAAGCUUGCCGACGGGAGAGUCGCGCAGGUGCCUGCUCGUGACAUCGAUGCACACAGAGAAGUCGCAACGCGUAGGCUCGCGCCUCAGCCCGCACCCUGGAGGGUAGACCAAGAGUCGGAGGAGUACCCUGGGGAGCCUUCAAGCGGCGAACAUCGAGAUCGGGCAGCCCGGUCGCAGCUGGUCAGUCCGACUGCCUUCCGGGGCAUGCCGCCUCAGCCACUCGCGGGGCAAACGUAUCCGCAGCCGUGUCCAGAAACUGCUCCAGCAUUUGCAGGCGUGUUUGAACCCCUUGCCGGAGGCGACCGAGGGGAACAGGAGGUUCUUUCGCCGCGCGACCCGCAGCCGCCUGCUGUCGCUGCACAAACUCAGGAGGCAACUCCCCCCCCGACGGCCCCAUCCGCGCCCAGCGGGGAAACCGUCAGCGGCAAAGAACCCCGGCCAGUUGAAACGCGCGCCGCACCCGCAGCAUCCCCUCGGCCCUCGGCGCAAGUGGAAAUCUCGCCCGCAGAAACGCAUCCGGACAAGCAGUUUCCGAGCUCCGCUCCUCCGGGGCUUCUUGGCGUCCCCGUUGGCUUCAGUCCGUUUCAAGGGCCCAGAGGCUGCCUCCGAGCACCGUACGUUGCCGGAGAGGAGCUCAGUCCAGCGGGGACCUGCUGCGGAGGUCACCGCACCUGCCUCAUCGGCCCGCAGCGGGCGUCGCCCGCUCGCCGCGCGAGUUGGUGGGGGCUCUCCGGACAAGACGACGAACCUCGGCCUUUGUCGGCGUAUUGGCGAGAACGCGGAAGGCGAUGGAGGUACUGGAAUGCGACGGCCAGUGAAGAGGCGGCAUUGCGAACGCGGCCGCCACGGGGUACUGAGCAAAUGCUGGCUGUGUCCAGUCGAAGACCCUGGCACGCUGCGCUGUCGCCGACAGCUGGCCUCAGGGGCGCCGUGCACAGACUCGAGAAUGCCGCCGGCUCUGGCUCGCGGACCGCUUCUCCGGGGAUGGCGCACGUUCUUUCACCGCAACAGCCCCAGAGACCCGACGACCGUGUGCUGGCUUUGGCAGAGGCGCGCGAGUCCAUCCACGAACUGGAGACAGUCCUGGCGGAGCAAGAGGUGCGGCACUGUGGAGAAAACAUGCUAAAGGAAGGAUGUAUCGCGUAUCAAGACGAGUCGAUUCGCCUGCUGAAGGCGCAAGUCAAGCAACUCUCCGAGGAUUUGGAGUGCUACGCGUCGAGCAACGCGUUUUGCAGGAAGGAAACCGUUUCCCUGCUUCGAAAUCUCCGUGCACUUCGAGGAGCUCGCGGAGAGCGGCAGGGAAGCAUCGUGGGGCUGCAGAUCCUUUACUCGAAACUCGAGGCAGCUCGAAAUCGGAGAGGCGCCACGCAGCUGCCCACAGGCGACUACCUCUUACACCAGGUUCCGGCCACGCCGUUUGCCGAUCAGCAGCCACGUCAGCCGUUGCCUGUGGAUGCGCCGUCCGGCGAAAAUUGCGCCUAUCCUCACGCGCGAGCUCCAGCAGAAACGCACCUCUCCGCGCCUUCGUCUUCGCCUCCACCUCCACCUCCGUCGGAACCUGCGGAUUCGCAGGGGGAGGUUUUUCGGUCUCCUCUUGAUGCGCCUGCACAGCACCUGUGUGCCUCUGCGCGCCUCGCGCAGGAAGAGCCGUACCCCCCGCGUUCGCCAGAGGGAGCUCGCGUCAGCGUCGCCACCAGCGUCACUGGUCUGCCUCAGUCGGCUCCUCCGCCACGACCGGAAGUAGCUGAGGCCGCAACGGAGAUGUCUGAGGCAGGCUUUGACGAGCUCUUGGGAGAGAGAGAGGAGAAGCGCAAGCGCGCGGAAGAAGAGAGAAAAUGGUUGGAAAUGGAAGUGCAAGUCCUCCAGCAACAAAUGGAAAUCUUACUCGAGCAUGAGAGACAAGAGGAAGAGAAGGUCCGCCAGCAGCAAGGACAGCUCGGGCUGCUGCGACAACAAGAACAACUGUUGCGAGCCCAAGCUGAAGAACAAGAAAACCUGCAGAAACAGAUCGUCGCCAGGCUUCAAGCAGAGGCGAUGGACCAGGCCAUGAGAGAGCGUCGAAGAGAAGAGCUUCGGCAGUUGGUUCAGGAGACGACAACGCCGUUCCCGUUUGCACCAGACGCCAGUCGGCGCAGUCGUGCCUUGUCGCCCGGUUCCCCUGGUGUCGAGACGCUACCGCAGUCUCCACUUCCUCGAACCUCGUCUCCGUCUCCCGUGCCUGCCUUAGCCGGUGGAGUGCAGCGGUGCCUGUCUCCCUCCCACGCAGGCUGGGACGCGCGCGGCCGGUCUCCCUCUCCGACGCCGCUGCUGCUUUCGAGAGAGGAGGUGGAGGAGCGGGAAGAUUUGCGAAGGGUCAACGAAGUGCUUCAGAAGAAGUGCACGGAGCUUCACGGGCAAGUCACGUUUCUGCAAAUGGCCGGAGCCGGGCUGAGCAAGGAGCAGCUGGACUACUUGGAGACGCAAGUGGCCGAGCAGAAGGCGUACGCGAAGGCGCUGGAGCAACAGAACAGGGAGUUGGUGGAGAUGGCCGAGAAGGCGCUGAAUGAGCAGAACGACGCGCUGGAGAAGGAGUGGGGGGGGCGACUCAAGGCCAUUGAGGAGGAGCGAGGUCAGGCGAUUGACGCACUGAGACGCGACGGAGAGGCAGCGAGACAAACUGCUAUCGAACUCGAGCGCAAACUCGAAACGGCAGAGAGGACAAAAGAUGACGCCCUGAGCCGAUUGGUGAUGUGUGAAAACCAAACGGAGGAGGCGGAGGAGCGCGUGAAGGCGAGAGAAGAAGAAGUUGCAGCUUUGCAGCGGAACCUGGCCGAGCUUGAGAAACAGAUGGACGUCGUUCGAAUGAAUGGAAACAAAGGGACUGAGGAACUUCGGCUUCAACUGGAAGAGAGAGAGCGGCAGGUUUUCUCGCUUGAGCAGUCAGCCGGCGCGGCGGAGCAGGAGAUUGAGAAGCUGAGGACUGAACUUAAUGGUUUGAGGAAGGAGCAAGAAUCAACGAAGAGCUUGAUGCGGUCGCAAGUGGCUUCGCUUGCACAGCAGAUGGAACGGGAUCAGAAGGAGAAAGAGGACGUUAUCACGCUGAUAACGAGUGAGACGGAAAGCUUACAGACUCAAGUCUCUGAAGCCGCAGCGAACUACCAGGCUUUGGAGGAGAAGUGGAAGGAACAGCAGGCACGCGUGAAGACGUUGGAAGCAGAGAAGAAGGAUCUCGAGGCCGCGUACGCACACUUGAAGGAGGAGACGAGACAGCUUCAGGAGAGCGAACAGGAAUUGAGAAGGGAGUUCAGCAAAGCCCUGCCGGAAGAUGCCAAAGACUCGCUUCAGAAGCUUCUUGCGGAUACGGAGAAGCAGUUGGGUGAAAGCCGCCUUCGGGUGUCUGCGUUAGAGAAGGAUCUGGCUGAUUCUCAGCAGGACUGUACGAAGGCGCUGGAGGCCCUCGUGGCUGAGCAAAAAAGUAGACAAGAAGCCGAAAAGAAGUAUGAAGCGGAACUCGAGAAACUGCGGGAAAAGGAGAGGCAGACUGAGUCUACGAUCCAGGGAUACAUUUCUGGACUGCAGAAGGCCAAAGACGAAUCGAUGAAGAUUCGAGAGGAAACAGAGAAGACUGUGAAAGAGAAUGAGGAGAAGUACGCAAAGUUGUCGGAGCUGACUGCAAAGCAACACUUUGAGCGAGAGAGAAUGCUUCAAAAACACCUGCAGGAGAAAGACGCUCUGAAGCAAAGUCUUGCUCGCAUGGUGGAGGAGACGUCGGAGCUCCAGAAGCGGUUCGAGCACGAGUUGCGAAACCGCGAUGAUGGAUACAGAAAAGAGCUGGAAGAUAGCCAUGAAAAGUUGCAAGAGAUGCUGAGGCAGGCGAAUGAACAGGUGGAGACCACGCUGUCCCAAAAGGCGGCCUUGGAGAAGACCCUCCGAGAGGAAAUGGAGAACGUGAAGAAGCAGCAUGAGAGCGAGCUCGCACAACUUCGCGAGUCGCUUCAGAAAGAGGUUGACCAAAACAAGAAGGCCCUGACGCUGCAGAAAUCCCUUUCGAUUGACGGCAUGAAACGCAGGCACGAACAGGAACUCGCGUCCAUCCGAGCAGAUAGCGAGACGGCUCUCUCGGCAGCCAAGCAAGAGUUCGAGUCGGCGAGUGCGGCGCAAGAGGAGAAGUUCAGGGCGGCGAUCCAAGCCGUCAAGAAAGAGUGUGAAGAGACGCUGAAGAAAGAGGCUGUCGCGAAGGAAGAGCUGAAGAAGAGGCAUGCAGCCGAGGUCGACAUGCUCAGCCAGGCGCAGCUAGGGAAGAUCGAGCAACAGAGGCAGCGAAGUGAACAGGUCAUUGAGGAGCUGAAGAAACGGCACGCUGUCGAACUCGAGGAGAUGAAAGAGCGACUGGCAAAGUCGACGCAGGACUAUACAGCGCUGGUCCAACAACAGCGCGAAGACGCCGAAAAGGCCGUGGCUGGAGCCAAGAAGGCCCAUCUUGAGGAAAUCGAGAAGCUCAAAAGCCGAUUCAAACAGCAAGAGGAGACACUCAAACGGGAGCUUGCACGCUCGAUUCAGGAUCUCCAGGUGGAGCGUGGAUUGCGUGGGGACCACUCGGACCGUUUCCGACAACUUCUCCAGGACCGAGUCACCAAUCUGCAACGCGAAAUCGAUUCGGUGUCGGUGAAGUUGGAGGAAUUUCGCGACAAGAGUGCUGCGUUGGAGUCCGAGAAAGAAAGCCUUUUGAAGGUGAAUGAGGACCUAGAGCGACAGACGCAGCGCAUGGUCGAGGAACGCAGGCGAACCGUUGACGGCACACAGCGUCUCGAGGCCCUGCUCAUCGAAAUGCAGGCGUUGGCGUCCGUAAACGAGGCGAAAGCGACGCAACUCGCAAAAGCGCUAGAGGCGAGAGAGAAGACGCUAGCGGAGCUCCGUGAAGAGCUUGAGAAAGGGAAAUCCGAAGCCGCCAAGAAGGACGAGCGCCUGAAAAAGUCCUUGGAGGCGGCGCGUCUGGUGAAAAACCAGGAGAUGAAGCACAGAGACAUCGCCAGCUCACUAAAGAAGCAGCUGGAAGCGAAAGAAAAGACGUUGGCAGACCUCGAAGACGAGAUGGACCACCUACAAGAGAUGUUGCGCACGAAGGAUCAGAAUGACCUAGAAACCCUAUCAUCUCUGAAGCGCAGGUCGACAGAGCUCGAGUUUGAUUUGCAGGACGCGCAAAGGGAGAAUGCUCAACUGAAGCGCGCCCGCGAAACUCUCGAGCGGGAGCGUCGAAUUUCGGCGGAUGCGAUCCGCAAACUUCAAGAGGAGAUCAAGCAACUUUCCGCCGCCGCCAAGACGAGUCACGACGACCCAGAGAAGGAGAGGCUCGGCGGCCACCUGGCAGACUUAGAGAAGCAGGUUGAGGACCUCGAGUUCCAGGUGGACGAACAUGCUCAUGCUGAAGCGAAGAUUAGAGCUGAGGCGAAGCACUUUGAGGAAGAGGCUACUCGGAAGUCGCGGGAAAUCGAAAAGCUUAAGAAGGAUCUAUCUGUAACUCGGGCGAAAGUUGCCGAGGCGAACGGCCGAGUGAGACAGAGCCUAGCGGAGUUUACAAGGCAGCAGGAGGAGCUCCGCAAUCGCUUGACACGCGAGUUUGCUCGGAAAGAAGAGGAACUUCAGGCAAAGUACCAGAACUCUCUAGCGAGCGAAGACAGAACCCGAGAUGACAGCCGAAUCCGGGAACUCGAGGCUAUCGUUGCGCGUCUGAGCACAGCUCCGGGUUGUCCCCUCUCAGUUGCAAUGAUUGCAGAGAUAAAAAGCUAUUUACGGCACGCAGCGGAUACACUCCUGACGCUUUCCACGGCCUUCGGGGAUGGGGAAGCCAUAGGUGUCCUGUUCACCCAGAUGCACCCCAUUCUGUCUGCCAAAGAGGUUUCGGAGUUCCUUCUUCAGCUAGCGCCCUGCACGCCAGCAAGUGUGCUGGAGAAACUGGUGGAGAGACUGGAGCCGGCGACCGAGGCACGCACGCUGUGGGAGAAGAUGCAACAAGAGACACCCUUUCUGCGCUUGUCCACGGAAGCUGUUCAGCUUGCUUCGUCGAUUCGUAGCCAGUUCCGAGGCGUCCGUUCAUCCGGCGGAGCCGGCGGCAGAGUGUCGGGAACCUCGGCUACGACGCCCUCGGGAACAGGAAACGGAUCUGGGGACACUCACGAGCAAAUACUCCGCUUCUUCGCCAUCGCGCCGCCCCUCGAGAGUCUGCAUUUGUUGAAGUCCGUCGGCGAAGGCUUAGGCGCUUCUGAGGUGGUUUCUCUUCUCGCGUCUCUUCUUCCUGUCGUGCCGCGUGCGAGUGUCGCCAGUGUUGCGACAGCUUUGUUUCACGACGACACUCCAGUCAAAGUAGGCGAUUCCCUAGGACAAGAUUUCGCAGAGUUCCUGAUGGAAUUUACUUACGCGCACCAGUUUGCCGAUCUCCUCCAGUUGAUUGGAGACGCCAUCAAACAACUCCGAGCAAUUUACGCUUCCACGGCGAAUCUCUCUGCCGCCACGGCACGGGACACUGUCAUGCCUCCGUUGGGCGCGUUCGGAGCACCUGACUCAGCACUCCCUCCAGGGUUACCUCAGUGUUACGCCACUCCACAUACUCCGUAUUUCCCGGUGUAUCAACAUCCCGCUGGAGCCGGCCUUCCGCCCCAUCGCGCAGAUGCGCUGCCGGCGGUCACUUUUGGACGAAACGCCGAAACCGUGGAAUAUUCGAGACCUCCCGGUCCACGCGUGUUUAACGUGAGCGCAAAGUUGAGUUACAAGCUCCUGACUCAGAAGCAGGCAGCGAAGAAAGAGAGGGCCAGCGCGCGGGUUGAGGAGCCCUCUCAGCGAAUUCUCUCGGACUCCUCAACGAACUAG